AUGAAAUUUGAUAUAGCCAGAACGCAAAAUAUUGAAAAGGAAACAUCACGCAAUUUCGAAGCAUUUAAUAACCUAUUAAUAGCCAUUAAGUUGAUUUGUUCAAAGUGA